UCCUUUGCAGGGCCUAAGGCAACGUUGAGCAUACAUGUGGAAGGUACAUAGUAGAGUAUCAUUAUGCCUGAAUGUUUAUGAAAAGAGGACUGUGCCUCUUCGUCAGAUGGAAUCAACAUUACUUUUGAAUCCUUUCAUAUUAACUUGAAAGCACCAGCAUUCUGCUUUCAUUACAGCUUAGACGUUUUGCAAGGUGAAGGAUUUCUUUUGAAACCUAUGUAGCCCUUUGUGUCUUAUUGAAUCUGGCAAAAUCAAAAUGUAUACAGGUCAGUGUUUCCUACAAAGACACCAGAAGGUUAGAUGGGCUGUUCUCAAUAAAGUGUCUGCCACAUGAGCUGUGCAAGGAUAAUGGAUACCAGACUACAGGAGGCGGAAGGAUUUGGUGAGGAAAGUUCAGGAAAGAAAAAGUCUAAGUUUAAGUCUAUCAAAAAAUUCUUUGGGAAAAGGAAAAGGAAAGAGACAUUACCAUCUUCCGGAAGUGGUAGUUUGAAACUAUAUCAGUCGGCAAAUGAUGUCACAGCGCCUGAAUCCAUGCACAUGGGCUAUGAUUCAGAAGAUGAGCCUGAGAUACACAACAGUAUUAUGGGAAACAGAGCCCUGUCCCAUGACAGCAUUUUCAUUCCCGAGACUGCACAAGAGUCUGCAAGGCCAGUUCGAGUGUUUUCUCAAGAAAAUGUUUCUGGUCGAAUUAGAGCUUUGCAGUUGAGAUUGCAACAGAAUUGGAAAUUUGGCCGCACUUCUCCUUUUGGAACUCCUUCAAAAAAAAUGGAUGAUGCUGGGAUGAGUUCAGAGGAUGAUGGGCUACCCAGAAGUCCACCAGAAAUGUCUUUGCUACAAGAAGGUCUGAAUUCCAAAACAGUAAAGUUUUCUGACUCUCACAAGCACCUUAGCUCUUUGAGUUUAACUGGAACAGGCAGUGAAGAAGAAGAACAGGUCACAACCAGACCUUGGAGACCCGGUUCUGCAGAAAGCCAGUUAUUCCCCAGGAAGUCGAGUGUUAAAAUCAUAGCUGUAUCAACCUCUGAUGUCAGCCUCUCACCUCCUGCAGACUUUGAUACUCCUCCUGAGUUCACCACUGUCUUGGAUAAUUCAGCGGCUAAGCACAAGCUUUUAGUGAAGCCACGGAACCAGAGAUCCAGCAAAAUGAGAAGACCACAUUCAAAGAGCUUGUCAGGGUCUCUAAAUGACUUGAGCUCUACCCCUGAGGAAGAUGAAUGUGAAAGGAAGGAGGCAGAGGCAGAGGCUGAGGUGACCCAUGAAGGUGUCAGUUCCAGCUGUCAGAUCUUGAUAGAAAGCACAACUUCCUCAAAUAAUGCAGAGUACUUUCAGCAACUUGAAAUGUCAAAGGGCCUGCAGCCUAGCUUGAGUCACCAAGAUGAAAAGUCUCACUCCACUUCUCAGUUGUAUGUAUCGUUUUCUGAAAAUAAUUCUGAGGACUGCCAAACAGUGCUAGGAUUAUUACACACUGUACCAUCAUUGCCCUCUUCUGAACAGAAGGAGAAUAUAACCACCUUCCAUCUUACUCCAGAACUGGAAACACAAAAAGAGAAAGAGUGCUAUAAAACACAAAAGACAGGCUCUGGGAAUUUAAGUAGCAUUUUAAACCAGGAAAAUAAACACAUUUCUGAUGUGCCUUCCAAGAGCAGCUUGCUGUCUGAUAAGAAUGUCUCAACCAAAAAAGAUAUCCUCCCUGCAUUAGAUGAAACAAGAAAAGAUAUAGAGAAGGAUGUUCCAGAAUUUGUUGAAGACAUUCCUAGUAAAUUAUUUUCUUCAGUAACUGAUACUGAGAAUUCUCAAUCACCAUGCACAGCUCUUUCAUCUCGGAAAGUCACACCUUCUUCCUGGACUCUGGACAAAAUGAAACCUACACAAGAGUUCCCAGUAUCAGAAAGCAACCCUCCUGCAGCACGUGGUAUGUUGAUUUUGGGUGGAAAAACUGAGAAAGAGGCCAGUGAGCUGAGUGCCUUGAAAAAAUUUUCUGUGUCAUCAUCUCGAGAGAGGCUAAGGACUGGCAGCUUAAACUUGAAAGAAAAUUCAGAAUGUGAAAAUCCAGUAAAUAUACAGGCAUUGUUGACCAAAAUUAAAAACUCCUCACGAAAUGAGAAGCUGAAUGAGGCAAGCACUUCGCAAGAGAAUAAAAGCUGCACUAGCAAGCAGAUGUCUCCUCCACAGUCUGAAAUGGAAAGCACAGGUGGGGAAUUAGGUAGGCAAGUGCCUGAAUCACUACCCCAGGCCAUCAAUCCAGCAUCAACGCUGAGUAAUUCUGGUAGUGACCUGCCACAGCAGUCAAGUGCUAGCCACUCAGGCUGCGAAGAUAAAAAUCCAUUUCAAGUCAAACUGAGAUCGACUUCAUUAUCGCUGAGGUACAGAGACAGUCCCUCACAGGAAUCAAAGGAGACUAAAAGACAUAGUGCAGAAUUUAACAUAGAGAAACAAAGGCUGCCUUCACUUUUAUUGAAAGGUGAGAAAGGAGAAGUGAGAAAAAUAACAGACAUAAAUACCGAUGAAGCUUUAAACGAAACCUGCAAAACUAAAACAAAGUCCCCUGCACAGUCCAGCAUGAAACCUCCAUUGCCAAGGAAACCUGCUUUACAACACAUUAUUACUGGCACCAACACAAACUUAGAAAAGCAGGAAAAGAUGAUCAAAUGCCCAGAAUCAAAAAAUGAAGAGGAGAAAGGUUUGGAGAAGAAAUCUGGUCCUUCUGAAGUGCCUGAGAAAAAUGUGCCUUCUCCAGUGAGUGCUGUGGAUAUUUCAAAAGGAAUGGAAAGCCAGACAGCACCAGCCUGGGUCACUAUAGCAAAGCAAAAACAGACAGUCCUGGAACAGGAGCUUAGCAGGGAAGAAAAAACAGUGGCUUAUUCUAAGACGGAUGCAGAAAAGCAAAAGAAAGAGAUAGAGAGAAUGGAGGAAGCUGUCAAGCAACAGACAGAGACCACCCAGAGCACUUUGCCAUCCACAGUUCCUUCUGAAGAAGAGACGAAAGAGACAAUGUCUAAUGCACAAGAGCUGUUGCCAAGAGCUGGCUUGCUGUCACAUCAUAAUCCUGUUCCAUAUUCAAUGCCGUUGGAAAAAGAAGAUGUGAAGCUGUUUAAGAAUGUCACUCAUUCUUCCUCAGAUCAGCCGUCAUGGAUGGAACUCGCCAAAAAGAAAUCUCAAGCAUGGAGUGACAUGCCCCAGAUGAUAAAAUAGGGCAAGAAUUUUAUACUGGUAGUAGAAUAAUUUAACGCACAGUUUUAAUUAAAUUGAUAAAAACCAGUCAAUCACAAUAAAAUCUACAGAGCAUCAAAGAGGCUUUAAAACAAGUCUGUGGAGGACGAAUUGUUAACAGUGUGUUUAUAUGCAUAACUCACUAGAGAGAUAUUGUGAAGGCCUGUUUAUCUCUUGACGAUACCUGAGAAAAAUGUUCUUCUGCAGGAGGUAUUGCUUACUUUCUGCAUGCCUUUUUCCCUGCAGUGUGAUUUGUCGCAAACAUGCCUGGAAUAUUUACUAACAUUUGUUAACCAUUGUUUUACUAGUUAACGAAUUAUUCUCCGUAUAAAUGUUUUUUGACUACACAGAUCUUACAAGCAACUUCAGACCCAAACAUUAACUUAUAAAAGCUCUCCAUAUAGUUUAAUAAGAACUCAAUAAUAAUUUCUCUCUGGAGAAACAUUAAAAAUAAACUGACCUCAAAAUAGCAGACACUGAAAGAAGAAAGAUGGGUAGUACUAUGUAUUGUACCAAGUAAGUCCCCCUGCCUACUUUAUUCAUGAGGCCUAUUGAGACACUGCUUCAGAAGUCAGUUUCAUGUUCUUCUACCUCCCAAAGAAUAAUUUUUAAAAAAAUCAACAUACGUAAAACACAAGAUGUCCAUUGGGAGAUCCUGCAUUUGUCCAAGUUCCAAGCAGGUGCUAGAUCACAGGGGCAAGAAGGUCCUGUGUUUAAUAACUGAGGUCUCUGUUGCAGUUGUCACUUCCUACAUGAACUGUGGAAGAGGAAGUAUCUGAGGGAACUCUGUUCGUUUUGUGCAAGAUAAGUAGCAACUGAGCAGUGUUGAUGAAGAGUUCAUCUAUAUCCAUGCCCAAGAACUGGGCUGCAAAUUAGUUUCUCUUUGAGCCCUGUGUUCCUAAGUGCUGGAUUCAUACCCUGAAUUUGGAUUUUGGCAAUGUCUGUGGUACUGCGAUACAGCCUUCUAGAGUUUGCAUGCUUUAACUUUUGCACAUUAAAAAGCCCUUCUCUGUGCUCACCCACAUCACAGCACAAACUAAAGAUAACAUUUGCUAAUACCUGCUUCCUGAACCCUGCCACUGGAGCGGUCAAAACCUAUGAAGGAAUGCACUUUCACUAGACUCACAGUGUUGUCCUAAAUAGAGUUACACCCUUCUAAAUCCAUUGAAGUCAGUGGGAUGUAACUGUUUAGGUUUGCUACGUCAGUGUCUGCAUUAUUGUUUUUUAAGCAAACAACAGACUAUUAUGGGGACAAGGAAGGCAGCAUUUAAAUGUUUUUUGUAUUUAGUUUUAAGAUGAGACUGCUAGAUAAACAGAAAAUUUCACUUUGCCUACUUUUCAAAGGAUCAAGUUUAUAAAAAUAACUUCAGUGAUUUAAAGUUGUUUUAGGGAGCAGGUUUGAUUUAGUCCCCCUAUGUUACAGAUAAUCUGCAGGGAAAUGACAUUGUACAGUAUAAAGCAAGCCAAUUUUCCAGCUGUAGUUCCAUAGGAACCUUGCAGUACUAGUUAUUAAAAGAGUAGAUUCUAUGUGGGAGAAUCUAUGUGUGUGUAUGUCUGUGUGCAUUAUACAUACACAUACUUGUGUUUCAAUUUCUUUUACUAUUUUUGAAGGUGUGACAUUAUGUGAUGUUGUGCAGUUUUGCAGAGAGGCAGUCAAUCAGUGGCAGGGUCCACACUUUGUGUGUGUAGGACCUCGCAGGGUCAAUUCGAGCAGCGUCCUCCCUUUCAUCCGCUGGCAGCAUCUUUCUCCACCAGCCAAAGCUUGUGUUGAUUAAUUGCGUAUUCAUACCGCAAAGCCUUCUAGAAUGGACUUCCGUGCCUUUAAAUCCUCAAAUUCAGGAUGUGGUGGUUAUAACCGGUGGGGCUGGAAGCCAGAGUGGAAUGAAGCUUAAUUCUAAAAUGAUGUGACCCUUUGGAUAAAUGGUUUUGUGCAUUGAACAUAUCUGAUUUCAGUACUGAGUACCUAUACAGAGAGGCAGACUUAAUGAUUUUCAGCAACACACCUGUAUUAUACGCCACUGAAUAACUAGAACAAUGAACAAUAUAGGUACAAUAUUAUCUGACAUUUCAUUGUAUCAAGCAAGUCUUUUAAUUUAACAAACCAGGUCUGCAGUACAAAUGUGUGGUUUGGACAAGUAAAAAUACUUUACAUUUUACAUUUAUAAGGACUUCUAAGACAUUUUAAUUGUCUUGUAUUUGAAUUGUACUUUUCAUGUCUAAAAGCAACGUGUUGCUCUAUUUUAUUGUUCCCAAAGAACUGUAAAUAAUUCACUUCUGUAAUGUACUUUAUUUGGUUUACAGA